AUGAUAUGUCUAAUGGUUUCUCAGUCGGGUUUGACUAUGGCCACCAUUUUAUUCUACACCUGCUUUUGGAUCCCAUUCAUGCAGUUCAAAAAAGCUCUAGCUGGUAUAAUUAGUGACGUUCUAUUUCUCAGUGAUAUUUUGAAGCCAGAGGAUCACACUGCUUGCUGCAAUCUAGACCAGCUGAGUCUUCCUGUGGCUAGAUUCCAGGACUUGCAGGGUUAUUGUAGUACCGAAAGGAGUGGACAGGACUCGCACGAGGCUGAAACCUGCUCAGUCUGCUUGGUGGAGUUUGAGGAUGAAGAUGUGGUGAGCCAAUUGUCCAAGUGUGGCCAUGUUUUCCAUAUGGAUUGCAUCGAGAAGUGGAUGGAGAGAAACAACUUCACUUGUCCACUUUGUAGGUCAUUGUUCUUCAAUGUGAAUACUUGUCAUGUAAAAUGUGAUGUGGAUUUUCUUCCACAUUCUUGGCAAUAUUAA